CGUUUCCGCCUCGUCCCGCCGGGGCAGCGGCUCCAGGAGCGGCCGGGAGCGAGGCCGGAGCGCAGGUGUGAGUGCUGCCCCUCCCCAUGGCUGACAUGAUUUUUGGCAGCGGGACGGGCCCCUGGGUUUGCCCCAACGACCGGCAGCUGGCCCUGCGAGCCAAGCUCCAGACGGGCUGGUCCGUGCACACAUUCCAGACGGAGAAGCAGAGGAGGAUGCAGGCCCUGAGCCCCAAGGAGCUCGAGGUCAUCCUGGGAGUCAUCCGCAAGGCAGAGCAGCUGGAGGUGCUGGAGCAGCAGCGCAUCGGGCGCCUGGUGGAGCGGCUGGAGAACAUGAGGAGGAACGCCAUGGGGAACGGCCUCUCGCAGUGCCUGCUCUGCGGGGAGACCCUGGGGCUGCUGGGCAGCUCCUCUGUCUUCUGCCAGGACUGCAAAAAGAAAGUUUGCACCAAGUGUGGGAUCGAAACUGUUGGAGCCCAGAAACGUCCUCUGUGGUUGUGCAAGAUCUGCAGUGAGCAGAGAGAGGUCUGGAAGAGGUCUGGGGCGUGGUUCUACAAAGGGCUGCCCAAGUACAUCAGGCCUUUGAGGAGCAGCAGCAGCAGCAGAGCCCUGGAGCUGCAGCCCCAGCCCUGGCAGGGCGAGGCGGCCGCGCCGGAGCCGCAGAGCGUCGGCAGCAGCCGCUCCUUCACCUGGGCCAGGGGGAAAGUGGUUUCCAGCGACAGCGACAGCGACUCGGAGCUCAGCUCCUGCAGCCUGGAUGACAAACCCGUCCCCGUGGCACCCAGGGGCUCUCCAGGGAGAAAGCUCCAAGCAGGAACGGCACCCACGAGUGGAGCCAGCCCAGCCCUGAGCAGAGCCCCGGGGAUGCCCCGGCUGUGGGGGAGCCACAGCAGCCUGGGCAGCGAGCAGGGGCCCGAGCUGAGCCCCACGGAGAGCGGCCAGAGCGAGCCAGCCUCGGACCCAGCCCCGGACAGGCGCGACGCCGGCACCCCCGGAAGCUCUUAAAACAGCGCUGAGCACACAAAAGCAACGUGGGACAACUCUGUGGAUUCUUUCCCCUCCACUGCUUCCCCAACAGAACUUUUCCCUUUCUUUGUUUUGAAGGCAAACGACGAGUCCACAGCAGGACACGGCUCUGACGGGGCUGAGGAUGGAGCUGCUCUCCCCUGGAUCCAUUCCUCAGCUCUCAGUGCAGGCAGGAACUGCUGCCAGCGGUGACUUUGUGGUGCCAGCUCCUCCACAGGCCUUGGUGACACCUGGGACAGCACCAGGGAAGGUGCUCCUUGUGUUUGCUUGGUUGGAGUGGGUUUGAUGGGGGCAGGAGGAGGUGGCUGCUGAGGCUGUGCCCCUGUUCCCUCCCUCUCUCUCUGCUCAGGGUAAGGAAUCACUCCAAGGAGUUUGCUAGGAUGGUUUUCCCACCCCUCUUGGCUGUGCAGGCUCAGGGGAGGUGUGCUGUGUUUGUUUUGGGAGCACACCCCCACCCCUCGCCCUGCUGGCUGCCUGUGAGUCCCCAAAUGGGAUAAAAGCUUUCAAAUGUCUUUAUCCUGUCCAGCUCUGCACACCUGCCAUGAGCAAGGGCCUUUCUUUUGCCUUUUUUCCUGGAAGUCUCGAGCAUCUGGCUGGCUGUGGUGCUGUCAUCGUGAGUCAGGCUGCUGAAAACUCUGCUCCAGUCCUGCUCAUUCUCCAGGACGGACAAUUUCCCUCUCAGGCCUGACAGAUGAGGAAAAUCAAAUUUCCUCACAUCUCUAGAGCAAUUAGAAUUUUGAAGACCUCAACAAAACCCACACUGGGCUGGUAGGAGAUUUUAUUAAAUGCUCCGGAGCUGACCUGUCUGUUCUGAAGAAAGAAAGGAUUCCAAAAAGUUCCCUCUGAAAUCACGGAGUUAAAGGCAAUCUGUGCCCAUUAAUGUCAGCCCUUCCCCCUGGUUAUUACUCUUUUGUUCUGUUUCCCUUUGCACUGGGCACUUUGUGUGCAUGUAGUGUGUGUUCUUACAGAUGGCUGCAGCAUGAAGAUAAAUGAGAUUGGGUGCUGGAACACUCCAGCAGAAGAUGGGAAAUCAAUCCCUGACUUGCUUUUUAAAUGAACAUGGCCCAACAGAGGACCAUUCCCUCACUGCUCUCCCAGUUAAUGUGCUGUGGCAGGUUGCUGGUGAAAUGCUUCCAGCCCUUCCUCUGUGAUCUGUUCCUGCCCUUUCACAAAUGAAAACAAAACCUUUGGGCCCCGUGGGCUCCCUGAGAUGGCAGGAACAGAAACCCCUGAAUGUGGGAUCCAGGCCAUCAGUGCUGCAGAGAGCAAGGGAUGGGGCUGUUCUGCACUGAGGGAUAUUUUAUGGCCUGUGUUGUUAACCUGGCCAUUCAGCUGCAUCCACGGAAGGGGUAAUGCCAAAACCAUCAGCUGUAUCUGAAAAAGGAACUCCAGCUGUCAGCUUCUGCUGAAAUACUGGUGUGGGUUCAGAGCUGUUUCUUCUGAGAGCUGCAGGGUGUUCAUUUUCCAAAGUGUUUAGGCACUAAGAAGAGUUGUGUUUUGCCUUGAAGCUUUUGAGAGUCCGAGUGAGGUUUGUCUCUGCUCAUUACUGCAGCCAGCCUGGCCCGCCAGCCAAAGUGGAUUCUGCAGCAGAAGGAGCAGGAAAAAGACUUCUAGCAAUUGGCUCUGUUUUCUUUAAACCUGUUACUUUCUCAUCAUCAGCUCUUCAAGGAGUUGGAGAGAGCUUUGAAAUGGGGAGUGUCAUUUCUAACCCUCCUGGAGUCCCCUGUGCCUCACUCCUGGGCAGUGUGGCAGGGCAGUGGUGCCCCCAUCCCCACUGCUAGCUCUGCACAGAGCCUGGGAAUCCUCUGUGCCACUGUGAGCUUGAUUUUGAACUGAGGCCAGCUUUUGUAAAACAUUCUCAGGGAUAAAUCUGACAUCGCUCUGGUGCCAGCGAGACUGAGAACUUUCUUACCUCUGUAUUUUAACUCCGUGGGGUAAUUCCAGCUGAGUUCCAGCCAGAAUUGUUCAAUCGGCUGUGGAAAGAUUUCUCUUGGACUGAGGGAAGGAUCUGGUGCUGGGCAAUGUGAUCCAGGCACAAAUGACUGAGGAACAUCUGCAGCUCUGUGUCUGUUUUUGAAGGCCACAUUUCCCCUCGUGGUGAUUCUUUGGUUGUUUUGCAGCUUUUGUUGGAAUAUCGUCCUUAACCUGUACCUGUCUUUUGAGCUGGCUCAGUGUGGACAAGAAGGGCUCAGUGAAUGUGCUCAUGGUCAUUUUGUGUUUAUUGUUUUCUUGUUCUCAUCUCCAUCCCUCACAACUUUUAUGUGGUGUUUUACUACUGGAAACAAUAAAGCUUUUGUUCAGUAACAAC